AUGGACGUGAUUGCUCUGGCGGGCGACAUUGGCCACCCAGGUGAGGAAGUGUAUCGGCGCUUCCUCGCCCACUGCGGCAACCUGUGCCAGCUUGUGUUCCUCGUGCCGGGGAACCACAAGUACUAUGGCAGCUCCUCGGUGGAAGCCGCAAAGGCCAGCUUGCGGAGCGCGUGCAGUGUGGUGGCAAACGCCGUCAUCCUCGACAACAGCUCCCUCCAGUUCGGGUCGUACACGUUUGUGGGCAGCACUCUCUGGUGCAACAUGGACGACGCCGCGUUGGGCACCCACCUGGGGUCCGCAGGAGACUACUUGCACAUACCUGGCCACACGCCUGAUGUUGCACGGGCGCUGCACCGCGAGAGUGUGUCGUUCCUGGAGGGCGAGACCAGUAGAGAUGAUGGCAGCACGCAGGUUGUCAUCACGCACCACUGGCCGUCCAUGUGCGACACAGUGAACCCUGUGUACCACGGCGACCCGCUCAACUGCUGCUACUACAACAACCUGGACGGCCUGGUUGAUAGGCCGGCUGUAGCUGCGUGGCUGUAUGGGCACACGCACCACAACGUUGACACGGUGCGGGCUUGCAGCAGACGCCAGGAGAGCGCCGUGCAUCCAGCGCCGUCAUCACAACACCGGGUGCGGCUCGUCUCAAACCAGUUCCGGACUCCGGACUACCAGCCCAACAAGCUGCUGCUCCUGUAA